AUUUAAUGCUGAUUAUUCUCUCUUUUCUUUCAAGACUCUGACCGGUGAGACCUGUUGCACUGUUUCGUAUUCCUCCUCAGCCUAAACUCUAUAGAUCCCUGGCACCAUGCCCCCUCAGCUGCAGUCCCAGAACCAGUCAUGCCCCCGGGUCCUUCAGGGGGACCUGAACUCUCUGAGUCCCGCUCUCAGAGAGUUCAUAGAAAGCAGCAUGACUCUGUGCCAGCCGGAUGCCCUGCAUAUUUGCGAUGGAUCAGAAGAGGAGAACAAGGCCAUUCUGGCUCACCUGCAGGAGCAGGGCAUGAUCAAGAGGCUCACAAAAUACGAGAACUGCUGGCUGGCACGUACUGACCCUCGUGAUGUUGCACGAGUGGAGAGCAAGACUGUGAUAGUGACUCAGGAACAGCGUGAUACCGUACCCUCACCCUGCGGAGGGGGCAUCAGCCAGCUGGGACGAUGGAUGUCCCAGGAGGAGUGGGACAAAGCCAUGAACGAGAGAUUCCCUGGCUGCAUGAAGGGUCGCACCAUGUAUGUGAUCCCCUACAGUAUGGGUCCAGUGGGCUCUCCUCUCUCUAAGAUUGGAGUAGAACUGACCGAUUCUCCGUAUGUGGUGCUGAGUAUGAGGGUGAUGACCAGAAUGGGAAAAGCUGUGCUGAACGCUCUUGGGAACGGAGACUUUGUUCGCUGCCUGCACUCCGUCGGCUGUCCUCUGCCUCUGAAGAAACCUCUUGUGAACAACUGGCCGUGCAAUCCUCCCCUCACCCUGAUCGCUCACAUCCCUGAUCAGAGGAAGAUCGUGUCGUUCGGCAGCGGAUAUGGUGGAAAUUCUCUGCUGGGGAAAAAGUGUUUCGCUCUCCGUAUCGCUUCUCGUAUUGCUAAAGAAGAGGGCUGGCUGGCUGAACACAUGCUGAUCCUGGGAGUAACUAAUCCAGCUGGAGAGAAGAAGUACAUCGCGGCUGGGUUCCCGAGUGCUUGUGGGAAGACAAACCUGGCCAUGCUGAAACCCACACUGCCUGGGUGGAAGGUUGAAUGUGUGGGAGAUGAUAUUGCUUGGAUGAAGUUUGAUGAUGAAGGCAAUCUCAGAGCCAUCAACCCAGAGAAUGGCUUCUUUGGUGUCGCUCCUGGAACGUCUGUCAAAAGCAACCCUAAUGCAAUGGAGACCAUCUGCAAGAACACGAUAUUCACCAAUGUGGCCGAGACCAGUGAUGGAGGCGUUUACUGGGAGGGCAUGGACCACAAGCUGCCAGAAGGAGUGACCAUCACUUCAUGGAAGAACAAAGCAUGGACACCGGAAGAUGGUGAACCAUGCGCACAUCCCAACUCCCGGUUCUGUACUCCAGCUUCUCAGUGCCCCAUCAUCGACCCAAACUGGGAAUCUCCUGAGGGUGUGCCCAUCGAGGCCAUCAUUUUUGGCGGGCGCAGGCCGGAGGGUGUGCCCCUGGUCUAUGAAAGCUUUAGCUGGGCUCAUGGAGUCUUCGUAGGCGCCGCUAUGAGAUCUGAAGCAACUGCUGCUGCUGAACAUACGAACAAGGUCAUCAUGCACGACCCCUUCGCAAUGCGCCCCUUCUUCGGCUACAACUUCGGCCAUUACCUUUCCCACUGGCUCAGCAUGGAACAGCGCCCCAACUCCAAACUUCCAAAGAUCUUCCACGUAAACUGGUUCCGCAAGAGCCCAUCAGGAGGGUUCCUCUGGCCUGGCUACGGAGAGAACAUCCGGGUCCUGGAGUGGAUCUUCCACAGGCUGAACGGAGAAGCUGGGGCCAUGCCCUCGGCUGUGGGCUACCUCCCUUCUGAAGGCUCCCUGAAUUUGGAUGGUCUGAAAGACCAAGUUAAUCUUGAGGAGCUCUUCGACAUCUCCAGAGACUUCUGGGAGAAAGAGGUGGAGGAUAUCCAGCAGUACUUUGAUCGUGAGGUUAACAGUGAUUUACCAGUAGAAAUGAAGAUGCAGCUGGAGAUGCUGAAACUGAGAGUGAACCACUUGUGAUUCUGUAGUGAAAAGGAAGGUAGUAGUGUAGAACAGAUGUUAAUAGAUAAUAGAUUUUAAUAUUUAGUAUUUUUACAAUAUCUGUUCAAUCCAUCAGGGCUCAGUUUCCCACAAGCAUCUUAGCUUAGAAACAUCUUAACAUUGAGAGAGAGAGAGGGAGAGUGGUCAGUGUGAAUCAUCUUAUUGCUAAGAAUUUAUGGGAAAAUCACCCAAUAUGAGUAUAAUGCAAUAGAAAUAAAGAGAGAGAGAGAGAGAGAGUGAGCAAGCAAGAGAGACUAACCUAGCAUAGGUUUAAUUAUUAAUAUUAAAACCCCUGACAUGCCUUAUGAAGGCACAUUAUUAAACAGUAUUUAUGACCAGUGUGAGCAGCACACUAUUCAGGUGUAGAGUAGAGGUACAGUGCAAUGUGUUCUUUAGUGUUAUUUAAUAUUAAUAUUAAGUUAUUAAUGAAUUUCAGAAUAAUCAUCAGCUGCAAGCUCGUAACAUUGGAGAUGUAUGUCAUAUCACCACUCUUAUCCCACCCAGAGCGGUCACUGUAGUGAUUAUUGACUUUUCUACAUGUUUCUAAUUAUUUUUGUAUAUGACUUUUGUUGUUUGGAAAAAAAAAAAACGUUUUGAAAAAAAUCAAUAAAUGUAGUUUAAUAAUAAAA